UACAUCUGAUAAGAUAAAUAGAUAAGUCUAAACAAUUAAAGUCAUUUAUCUUCAAUAGCUCAGUAUCAAAUAAACACCAAUGGAAAAGUACAGAUUUCCUUACGAUAUAGAAGACUUCAAAGAUGGUAGACCGUGGGACUCGAUAAGAGUGGGGCCUAAGCGCUAUGUGGUCUCUAGUACAUACAGGGACCUGGCAUCGGAAUUUUACAACUUUGAGCUUCGUCCAGAUGACGUAUUCUUACUCGGAUUUCCUCGAUCUGGAACAACGAGGUGUCAGGAGGCCAUAUGGCUUAUAAACAACAACUUGGACUAUGAAAAGUCUAAAUCAAUUGUUAUAGAUGACCGAUGCCCGUUCCUGGACUUAGAGGUGCAGUUUCCUACUCCAUUUUCCUCUGAAAAUAGUGAGUUUCAAAAUGCGGGAGAGAAUCAUUUAUUGAAAAAGGUUAUAUCACCUCUGAAAUCGCUACCAAAUGCACCUUCACCGAGAUUCAUAAAAUCUCACUUACCGCUCUCACUGUUGCCGCCGAACCUUCUUGAUACCACCAAGGUCGUAUACAUAGCACGAGAUCCACGAGAUGUAGCGGUAUCCUACUAUUACCUUAUGAAACACCUUCUUCCUAAUGACAUGGGGUUUGAGAAGUAUUGGGGUGCUUUCCGAGAUGACAAAAUCCUUCUAACACCGAUAUUUGAACACAUCAAAGAGGCUUGGGGACAAAGAGAUCAUCCUAAUAUGGUUUUCCUCACUUACGAAGAUAUGUCAAAAGACAUGGCUUCGACUCUUCGCACUUCUUCAGAAUACACAUUCCAAUCAUUUUAA